GAUAACAGUAUAAAUAGUGGCACUAAGAAACACCAAACCAUCAGUUUAUUUUGAGCAACGGUAACAGAGACAUUAAAAAUGAAAGUUUACGCAGCCAUUUGUUUAUUCUUCGCCUUGACCUCUGCCGAAUAUGUGGUGAAAACUCGUGAGAAUCUCUUGCAAUAUCGCAAUGAAUGCGUUACUGAACUUCAAAUUCCUGAGGCUCAAGUGGAGCAGUACAAAAAAUGGCAAUAUCCCAAUGAUGCCACUACCCAGUGCUACUUGAAGUGUGUUUUCUCCAAAUUUGGUUUGUUCGAUACCACCUCGGGUUUCAAUGUCGAAAAUAUUCACCAACAGUUAUUGGGCAGUCAUGCCGAAGCCAAUCAUGAUGAUGUUCUUCAUGCCAAGAUUGCUUCCUGUGUUGAUAAGAAUGAACAGGGUUCCAACGCCUGUGAAUGGGCUUAUCGUGGUGCCACUUGCUUCAUUAAGAACAAUUUGCAGUUGGUGAAACAAAGUGUUGCCCAAGCUUAGUGAUAUAACUUAAGUGCGUAAGAAUUAAGGGGGGACAUUUUGUAAAACACUAAAGCUCAUUUUGAAAAUAGAAAGGAGUUGUGGAGAUUUACAAAAUAAUGGGAAAAAAUUUUUAUAAUAAUUACAAAUUCUAAAUAAAUUUAGACAAAAAUUAAAAAAAAAGGCUAGAGGGGUUAUUUGGUAAAGCUUAUUUGUAGCUUAUUUUUAAAAUAUAUUUUAGUAUAUAUUCAAAUUUGCAUUUAAAAUGAGUUGCAGGGAUUUACAAAAUGCAUACAUAAUGGGAAAAUAAUUUUUAUCGCAAUCGUUAUGAAUUCUAAAUAAAGUUUAGACAAAAAUUAUUAAUUUUUUGGUGGAAAAAUUGGGGAAGAUUUGUAUAAAAGUUAAAGUCUGUUUAUUUAGAUUUAUUAUUUUACACAUAUGUAAUCCUUAACAUGUCAUGUGACGUGUGCUAUAAUACUUCAUUUACCAGGCCUGAUAGUUAGUAGCCCAAUCAUAACACUUCCUUAUUUCCAACUGAACGUGAGUGACAAUUUAAUUCGCUUAGGUUUGUGAUUCUUUUAAAUCAGAAAAUAAUAAAAGAUGUUAACAAAAGAUUAAGUUGAUUGAAAUAUUUCAUAUUUAAAACAUUUGCUACCUGAUAAAGGAUUUGUUGCAUGCACAUAU